CUUAAACUUUGUAACGGGUUAGUUUAUCUAUACAUGUCAAUUCAGUUUAUGGGCGUAUACUGAGCUUUAGACAUGGAAGUCACGAAGCAUUGUACUCCCUGUAAAACUAAAGAUAAGGAGUCCAAAGCGGAAUAUUACUGCACCGAUUGUGAGGCUUACUAUUGCGAGGAAUGUUUUGAGCUGCACCCGCGAGUACCUUACCUUGCCAAACAUAUUGUCUUGAAACAUGAUGAUAUUGACGUCUGGUCAAGAGAUCAAUACAAGUGUUCUACACAUGGUAAAACCCUCGAAUUCUUCUGCAGAGAUCAUAAGAUGUUAUGUUGUCAUGUUUGCAUAUCACUUAAACACAGGUCAUGCACUAACAUGGACUAUAUACAAGAAGAAGCAAUGAAAAAAUGUUUAGAAGACAACAAAGGAAAAAUGAUGAAACAGAUCGAAGAACAAAUUCAAAUUAUUGAAUCAAGUUUUGAUAAGGUAAAACGAAAGGUCGAAACGAAUCAAACCUCAAAGAUGGAAUAUAUUGAAAAACUGCAGGCAUUUCGCAGUAGAAUAAAUGCAAUGUUUGAUUCCCUUGAGGAGAAAGCAUUUGGAGAGAUGGGUGAGAAGUUCGAUCAAAACACAAAUUAUUCUGAAAAUGUAAGUGAAAAACUGGUUCGUUUUGGAGGCAAACUAAAAGACCUUAAACAACAGAUAAAAUCAUCUACAGUUGGCAAAGAAGCUCUCGUUUAUAUAAGUCUUCAAAGAGGCGAGGAAUUAAUCGAAGACAUUUCAAGAGAAUUAUCAAAAAUUGAUUUUUCAAUCGAAAAGGAAAAAUAUAAACCAGUCAUUGAUGAAACAAUUGAAGGAUAUGUGAAAGGACUAGCUCAAAUAGCGGUUCUGGAAGAUGACAAAAUGAGAGAAGAAUGUGUUGCAAGUGACGUAUACCCAGGAGACAAAAUAAAAAUAACUGAAGUCGCAGCGUCUGAAAAACAGGAAAAUUUCGAUAUAAGAUACACGGGAGAAUCCGAAGACAUGAAACAGCCAGAAUUCCAUGUCAAAUCUGACUGUACCGAACAUGAAGGAGAUAACAAUGUCAAAUCUGACUGUACAGAAUAUGGACGAGUAAAGAAA